AUGGCGCCUCCUAAAUUCAUGGGCCUCACGGGCCGGCCGCUGUCGUUGAUGGUGUCAACAGUUGCAACGACUGGCUUCCUACUCUUCGGUUAUGAUCAAGGUGUUAUGAGUGGUAUCAUUAGCGCAAAGCCGUUCAAUGAUCUGUUCGAAGCAACUCGGGAUAACUCGACUAUGCAGGGUACCGUCACUGCUAUUUACGAAAUUGGUUGUCUGAUGGGCGCCAUGUUCAUGCUGUCCUGCGGAGAUCUCCUGGGCAGAAGAAAGGGUAUCAUUCUCGGCGCAUUCAUCAUGAUCCUCGGAGUUAUUAUCCAAGUUACUUCGUGGCGCGGCUACACGCCAUUGGCACAGUUCAUUGUUGGACGAGUUGUCACAGGUGUCGGUAAUGGUAUCAACACUGCGACCAUCCCGACCUACCAAGCUGAAUGUAGCAAGACCACCAACAGAGGUCUGCUGAUUUGCAUCGAAGGUGGCGUUAUUGCUUUCGGUACCCUCAUCGCAUACUGGAUUGACUAUGGAUGUUCAUUCGGUGGUGACGACCUCUCAUGGCGCUUCCCUAUUGCAUUCCAGAUUCUCUUUGGUCUUAUUGUCAUGACCAUGUUCUGGUUGCCCGAGUCGCCUAGAUGGCUUUUGACCCAUGAACGGUAUGAAGAUGCCGAAAAAGUCAUUGCUGCCCUUCGUGGUUACGAGCUGGACAGCCAGGAGACAGCCUGGGAGCGUGACGUCAUUUUGGACUCUAUUCGUGCUUCUGGUGUAGCUGGCGCAAAGAGCACACCAUACAGGGCCCUCUUCACCAAUGGCAAGACCCAGCACUUUCGCAGAAUGCUUCUCGGUGCUAGCUCUCAGCUGAUGCAGCAGAUCGGCGGCUGCAAUGCAGUUAUUUACUACUUCCCCAUUCUCUUCGAGAACUCGAUCACCCCUGGCGACCACAACUUGGCUUUGCUUAUGGGUGGAGUUAACAUGAUUAUUUACUCGAUUUUUGCGACAGCCUCCUGGUUUUUGAUUGAGCGUAUUGGACGCCGAAAGCUCUUCCUUUGGGGCACUGUUGGACAAUGCCUGUCCAUGGUUCUCACAUUCGCUUGUCUGAUUCCCGGUACCCCUGGUGCCGCCAAGGGUGCCGCUGUUGGUCUUUUCACCUACAUCGCCUCGUUUGGUGCGACAUGGCUGCCUCUGCCCUGGUUGUACCCUGCCGAGAUCAACCCCAUCAAGACCCGUGCCAAGUCCAACGCCGUCAGUACUUGCACUAACUGGCUUUUCAACUUCCUUAUUGUGAUGGUCACGCCUAUCAUGAUUACCAGCAUUGGCUGGGGAACAUAUCUCUUCUUCGCCGCCAUUAACGCCUGUUUCCUUCCUAUCAUCUACUUCUUCUACCCUGAAACGGCUGGUCGAUCUCUGGAGGAGAUUGAUAUUAUCUUCGCCAAGGGUUAUGUCGAGAAGAUGUCGUACGUCAAGGCUGCCAAGGAACUGCCCUUCCUGAACGAGGAAGAGGUUGAGCGUGAAGCCAUCAAGUAUGGCUUGAUUGACACCGCCGCACACGGUGGUGGCGUGAAGACUGCUGACAACGGCACGGUCCACGAUGCAUCAAGCGAGAAGGGCAGCAGCACCCGCAGCAGACACAAUGGCGCCGUUGAGACAGGAUUUGAGAGUGGUGUGAACACGAGUAAGAAGGCCGAUCGUUAA